UUUUUUGUUUUUCUUGUGUUCGUCUCCCGAACCAGAAGUGCUUUACUACACGAAUUAUUAAUCCGUUGAUAGUGUUGUGUUUAUUCCUGAUUUCUUCGUACACAACGACAGCGAUCAGUAUCCAGUGACAGUUUAUACCUAUUUAUGACCACGAUUAACAGAUCAACGGACGACAUGUAACACGGUCACGACUGUUUUUUUGAUUCUACCAAAACAGAGUACACUGCUGAUCGUAGACACCCCGAGGGCUGUACAACGCCGUCCUUUCUGGCUAACGCUUCUAGUAAAAGAUCUGAUGCCCGUCGUAUUGCUCAAAUCUGUUGAUAAAUGAUGAAAAUGAGCGACGAAACGCCAGUCAGUUCACUGGUUCUACCAGUUUUGAUCAGGCCAAUUUUGUCUCAGUUAGAGAAACGCAAUGUUUCUGCAUCUCAAACUUUACGGUCAGCUUUGUUUAAAACUGAAAAUACUCAUCCUGGAUUUGCGUACAAUUUGGUAGCUGGUAUUAUGAAACAAGGUGAUAUUAGCAUUAAUAUGAAUGAGAGUGUAUUAAGACUUCAAGGCACAGUUUCUGAUCUAGAAGGUGGCGAACAUCGAUUAAAUAGAUCUGAAGAUGCAUUUCAAGAAUUAAAUAAAAAAUCUAUGGCUUUAAAAAGAAUAUUAAGUCGCAUACCAGAUGAAAUCAAUGAUCGUAAAACGUUCUUGGAAACAAUUAAAGAGAUAGCUAGUGCUAUAAAAAAAUUACUUGAUGCAGUAAAUGAAGUAUCUGCAUAUAUUCCAGGGCCUAGUAAUAAACAAGCAUUAGAACAGAGAAAACGUGAGUUUGUUAAGUAUUCCAAGCGGUUCAGUAAUACACUGAAGGAUUAUUUCAAGGAAGGACAUGCCAAUGCAGUAUUUAUCAGUGCCUUAUAUUUAAUUCACCAAACAAACCAAAUUAUGAUAACUGUAAAAAGUAAAUGUGAAUAACAUUUUUAAUUUAUCUUAUAUUUCAAUUAAAAAGUAAACAAUGUAAUACAUUCCAUUACCAAUUAUUUAUC